AUGAUCCUCAGACAUCCCCUGCUUCUCCUGAUAGCUGGACUCAUCUCCUCAUUCCUCGUCCUCCCCAUCCUCGCUCACAACCCGCUACCACCCCCUCUCCCCCCAAAUGCCCCAAUACUAGAUGCUCGGGCGACAGGAGACCUCAUCUGUCGCCCGUUUGGCUCAUGCGAGCCCUGUCCGCCUGAUGAGCUCGAUCAGCCCUUCUGUAUGCCGUAUGGAAAUCGGCGUCUGUUGCAUUGUCGGAAACCGGGUCAGAGCACGGGCGGAUCUGGAGCUGGAGGCGGGGCCGGUGCCGGGACUGGAGCCGGCAAAGACGGGGCGGGGGAGAUACCGGCUUGGGAAGCAUGUGGGAAGGUCGUCAAGAAGGAACGGCAGGACUUUUGGGAGUUCGUGGUGAGUCCAAGUCUCAAUUGA